UCCUCUUGUUCUCAGCUAAGAUACUGCAGAUGCAGACUGAGGGGAGAGAGAGGGUGUUUUCAGGCUUGCUUGCUGCAUUUCUUGGUCUGAAUGCUAUCAGAACAUAUCAAAGCGGAAAAGAUGCUCUUUCCUUAAUCAAUUUGAGGUGUAUCAUUACUGCAACUAACUGGUUCUCCAAAGCUCACCUGGAAGAUUUUCUAGCACCUUGUUCAUGAAGCAUCUGAAAUCAAAGAAAAGUGUAAAGACCUGAUGUAUAUGGAAGAUCAUAUCUCAGUAUGGCACAUAUUGCUAAUGCAGGAGAGCUCAAUUCAGGACGGAGGCGAAGAGGUAGAGGAAGGCGCAGUCUAUCAUGUCACCCUCAAAAGAGUACAGAUUCAACAGGCUGCAAAUAAAGGAGCAAGAUGGCUAGGGGUUGAAGGGGAUCAAUUGCCUCCAGGUCAUACUGUUAGCCAAUAUGAGACAUGUAAGAUCAGGACAAUAAAAGCUGGUACUCUGGAGAAGCUUGUGGAGAACCUACUGACAGCUUUUGGGGACAAUGACUUCACCUACAUCAGCAUAUUUCUGUCAACAUACAGAGGCUUUGCAUCCACAAAAGAAGUUCUGGAGCUGCUCCUCGACAGGUAAGGAAACCUGGAGAUCUCAAACUGUGAAGAAGAUGGGAGCCAGAACUCUACUGAGACCAAAACAGUACUCAGGAAUGCUAUAGCCUCCAUCUUGAGAGCAUGGCUAGACCAGUGCUCUGAAGACUUCCAGGAACCACCUCAUUACUUUUGUUUGCGGAAACUCUUGGCUUAUCUGACACGGGUCAUGCCAGGGUCAGACCCUGAAAGAAGAGCACAACAUUUGUUGGAGCAGUUUCAGAAGCAAGAAGUAGUAAAUGACAGUGGCAUCCAUGACAUCCUUUCCAUUGAGGAAAAACUAGAGCCUGGUGGUUCAGAAGAGUUCUCUUCUUUCCCAGAAGACCUUGUGGCAGAACAGCUCACCUACAUGGAUGCUAAACUGUUUAAAAGAGUUGUGCCACAUCAUUGUCUGGGCUGCAUCUGGUCUCGAAGGGAUAAGAAGGAAAAUAAACAUUUGGCACCCACCAUCAGAGCCACCAUUGCACAGUUCAAUGCAGUGACAAAAUGCGUCAUCAGGACCAUCUUGAAUGGCAAAGAGUUGAAAACACAGCAGCGAGCCAAAACCAUAGAGAAGUGGAUCAAUAUUGCACAUGAAUGUAGGAUCCUCAAGAAUUUUUCCUCUUUGAGAGCCAUUGUUUCAGCACUACAGUCCAACUCUAUCUAUCGGUUAAAGAAGUGUUGGGCCUCCGUUGCAAAAGACAGAAUAUUGAUGUUUGAAGAAUUGUCAGAAAUUUUCUCAGAUCAUGACAACUAUUUGACAAGCCGGGAGCUGCUAAUGAAGGAAGGAACAUCAAAAUUUGCAAAUUUGGACAGCAGUGUAAAGGAAAAUCAGAAAAGAACUCAGCGACGGCUUCAGUUGCAAAAAGAUAUGGGUGUAAUGCAAGGCACCGUUCCUUACCUUGGUACUUUUUUGACUGACUUGACAAUGCUCGACACAGCUCUUCAGGAUUAUGUGGAGGGAGGACUAAUAAAUUUUGAGAAGAGAAGACGGGAAUUUGAAGUAAUCGCUCAGAUUAAGCUCUUGCAAUCUUCCUGUAACAGCUAUUGCAUGACAUCUGACAGAAAAUUCAUCCAGUGGUUCAGGAAACAGCGGCAUUUAACAGAGGAGGAGAGCUAUGCCCUUUCUUGUGAAGUUGAAGCAGCUGCCGACACAACUACCACAUCCCCCAAACCUCGGAAGAGCAUGGUGAAACGCCUGAGCUUGUUAUUUCUGGGAUCUGAUGUAAUUGCAAACAGCACACCCACCAAAGAGCAACCCAAGUCUACACCAAGUGGGAGCUCCGGUGAAAGCAUGGAUUCUGUCAGCGUGUCAUCUUGCGAGUCAAACCACUCUGAAUCGGAGGACAUCUGCAUCACUCCCACUGACACUCCGGAUGAACCCCAGAAAAAACUCUCAGAAUCCUCUUCCUCUUGUUCCUCCAUCCAUUCGAUGGACACCUCUUCAUCAGGCGUGUCUUCCUUCACCAACGCUCUCUCGUCUCCUCCUUCACUGGUUAGCAAUCCCAGAAUCCACAAACGCUCCAUCUCUGUCACCUCCAUUACCUCAACACUUUCACCUCCUGUUUACAAUCAGCAGAACGAAGACACCUGCAUCAUCCGGAUCAGUGUGGAAGACAACAAUGGCAACAUGUACAAGAGCAUAAUGUUGACCAGCCAGGACAAGACUCCAGCAGUUAUUCAGAGAGCAAUGUUGAAACACAACCUGGAAUCAGAUCCUGUGGAGGAUUAUGAGCUUGUGCAAGUCAUCUCUGAGGACAAAGUACUAGUCAUUCCAGACAGUGCAAAUGUGUUUUAUGCCAUGAACAGCCAGGCGAACUUCGAUUUUAUCCUGAGGAAGAAAAGCAUCCUCGAUGGGCAGGUGAAAUUGAGAAGCCACACUAGUUUGACUCUUCCCAGGACCAACAAGAGGGGGUGUUGGAGCAACAGAAACAGUAAAAUCACACUCUGAGAGGGGUUAAGCCAGCACAAAAGAAGAUGCGGGUUUAAAGACAACUCUUGAGGCCAUCCAGUAUUAUGAAUUCUUUGGCAAUGAAUGUGUCAGUAUUCAGCUUUGGGAAUACAAAGCUAAACGCUUGCUCUGGACAGACACACAUUUCAGUACAGACAAUGGACAAAACAGACCUGAAUGGAAAAGCAGUCAAGAGACACUCUCUUUGUCCCUCUACCUCCCCCCCCCUUUUUUUUUUUUGCACUGUGUCCCAAAAGAAAAAGCCACUUUCCACCAGGAAGAAAAGAACCAUGCACCUAAUCUCCACUGCUUUCCACUUAACCCUCGGUCAAGCCUCUACUAAUUUGGAGUACUUCCACUUUAUUUUUUUCAUCCAUGGAAAAAUGUGAUCGUCAUCGAAUCCCACCUAUAUUUAUAGAAAGCAAAGGGGAGCAUUGGACAGAGCCCUGGCUGAAAGAUAACAUGGACAGACAAAUGGCUGGAUGUAGGGGGACUAAUGGGCUGUUCUCUUCCUGCUGGACUGCAACUUCAGGUGCUUCUCCGAAUGCACAGAAGGGUCAUGUUCAUCCAGGCUCCCCCCAAAGACCCCCUAGUCUUUGGAGCUACCCCAGGGAAUCCAGUGUUAUGUAGUGUUGGUUUUCUGGUGUCUGUGAUCCAAGCAGGAAAUGGGUAUUUCCCCUCCUAGCAAACACAAAGCAAAAAUUAACCCUCUGAAUCCUCUUUUCACACAAGACAACGCAAAUGCACACUACUGCUCUUAAUGCCACUACAUUGUUUUCUUUAUGCUUUGCAAAUCUUUUUUGUUUUUUUGAUAGCUAUAUAUAAACAAUUCAAAGUAUAUUUCUUUGGAGUGUGCAAUUCUACUCCCUUUCAGGUGUGGAGCCGUUUACCUGUAUUCAGCCAUAUUGGCAUUAUAGUAAACAAUACAGUCAUGUUUUAUAGUCACUUUUGAAAACAAAAUUUUAAAAAAAACACGUAUUUACUCAGCCACCAUUUGAAAAUAUUGCAGGUCUUUAAAAACCUACGCAAGCUCUUUUUCUAAAAUUCAUCCAUUAACUGGAUAAUUUUCCUGGCACGGUACAUCCUUGAAGGUAUAAAGAAUUUAGCUUCCUCUAGAGCUCUGCCCCUGCUGCAUGCCGAUUCAGUGACAAAAUUGAUCAUUCCUUCAGAGCACACACUACACUGGCGCACAAUCACAGGAAAGUAUGAAAGGCACAAUGGAGACAUUUGAUUGUAGAAAGAAGCUGCUUGAGGUGAGCCUCUAUGCCCUUGACCACCGGCCAACUCUUGCCCCCGUUUGCUGGGCUGGGCUUAAGGCUCCCUUCCGUCUUGGAUCUAGCAGUUUUUCCUUUUAUAGUAGGACCUUUGGCUCUCUCAAUGUUUUGAGCUACAAGGGAAACUUACCAUUAGCCAUGCUGCCUGGGGCUGCUGAGAACUAAAGUCCAAAGUCCCCAUCCCUUCCUUUCUAAAAUCGACAAGUGUUCCCCAUCCUGCUGCAGUGUGUCUUGUCAAAGCAAAACAGAUCUGCCACUGUCCAGCUUUCCCAGCAGUCACUGAGCAGCACAUUGUAUCAAAUUCAGUCAGAUCUAAAGGCAUGAAAGGGAUUUCUCCAUUUCAAAUAUGGUUUGCCAAGCAGGGGUGCAUGUCUUCUGGAGUUCAUGGCAAGACUUCAACAGAUUUUGUUUUUGAGCUGGGUCAUAUUUAAGCCAUGGCACGUCUCACUGUCACAACUGAGUGUAAACCUACUUUCUAUGGAACUAUAGAAAAAGUAGAGAAUGUGGCUGCAUAAUUAGGCUUUCUUCAUUUCUCAGCAGACAAUAAUUACACAAAACCUCUAGCCUUUAUGGUUACACAGAUGUGCCUGAAAGUGUAUGUGUGGGUAAUAAACAGAACAAAAUCUCAAUGGUUAAAUAACAUUUCUUUUUAAGUUCUGGAAGAGGUCAUGGCCAUUUGCUUCACAGAAUUCAGAUUUUUGGGUUAGCCUGCUACAGAACUUCAUUUUACUUAAUAGAGUGUAUUUAGCCCUGACACAAACUUACCAGUCAGUGUUAAAAAUAAAUAAAUCUGAUGAUGUAUUUUGCACUAUGUGAAACUCCUUCCUGUUUCAAAUGUACUCUACUCUGACCUGUAUUGCUUAUAUUCCCCAUUGUGUUUUUGCCUAGAGGAGAUAAAGCUUUAUUCAAAACUGAGCCUUAAACGUGUCCAGAGCUGGGAUGGAUUUUGAGCCAACCAAGGUCCAUUCUCUUGGUUUUCUGGUGAAAGCAAUGCACAAAUGUGUUCUGUAUGUGGGUAAAUAUAUGCACAUACUCACACUCUGUAUAUAUCUGUAGAAUCAGCUAGAUUUUUAUAUUGUUAAGCUUAUGAUGCUAGUGUCUUUUUAAACAAAGACAGGAAUUUAUUAACAACUGCUGUGUAAAAAAGACUCAUUUCUUUCAGUGCUUGUGUAUGUCAUUUCCAGGAAGCAGGUGUUUCAACCUGGUUACUGCUAUCUUCUUUUAGCAACGCACACUUGUAAAAAGUCAAUAU